AAUAAACGGAAGGUAUCACUUUAAAAAUCUGCAAUCUCUGGUUCAGCAGAGACCACACUGGCACUCGGAGAGCAGUGUGGGAAAAAUUGAACAUUUCGCCUGGGAUACUUUGUGUUUCAGAGCAACUUACGGCUGGUUACUUGUACUUAUUUAUUACAUCUACUUCUGUCUGAAUAGAUAGGUCCCUCAAAAGCACUUAAUAUUGUUUACCAAAGAAAUGGUGAUGGAGAAGCCAAGUCCCCUGCUUGUAGGGCGGGAGUUUGUGAGGCAGUAUUACACACUCUUGAACAAGGCGCCUGAUUUCCUGCACAGGUUUUAUGGGAGAAAUUCUUCAUACGUUCAUGGAGGGAUUGACCCAAGUGGGAAGCUCGCCGAAGCCGUGUACGGCCAAGCGGAAAUCCACAAGAAGGUCAUGUCAUUGCAGUUCAGUGAAUGUCACACAAAAAUCCGACACGUGGACGCUCAUGCCACACUUAGCGACGGCGUUGUGGUGCAGGUCCUUGGAGAACUGUCCAACAACGGCCAACCAAUGAGAAAAUUCAUGCAGACAUUCGUGCUUGCUCCAGAGGGUUCAGUGGCGAACAAGUUUUACGUCCACAACGACAUCUUCUGUUACGAGGACGAAGUCUUCGGAGACUCUGAGGCGGAGCUUGACGAAGAAUCGGAGGAGGAAGUCGAGGAGGAACCGGAGGAGAGGCAGGCGUCUCCCGAGCCACUUCAGGAAAGUCCCAACAGCACCACCUACUAUGAAGCUCACCCUGUCGCCAAUGGUGUGGAGGAGCCCAUGGAGGAGCCAGCCCCAGAACCGGAGCCAGAACCUGAGCAGGAGCCAAAAGUUGAGGAGGUUAAACCCGAGGUAGAAGAAAAGGUUAUGGAGGAAAUGGAGGAGAAAGCGCCUUCACCGGCGCCCGUGGAGUCUCCACCAAACACCCAGGAGCCUGCCAAGCCUUUCUCCUGGGCUUUGGUGACCAGUAAAAACCUGCCUCCUUCUGGCACAGUCCCCUCCUCUGGACUCUCUCCACAUGUUGUUAAAGCUCCAAGCUCACAGCCACGGGUCGAAGCCAAGCAGGAGACGCCAGCAGCGCCUCUGCGCCCCAGAGACCAGCGGACCCGCGACAGACCGACCUUCACCCAGCGAGGUCCCAGACCCGGUAAUGAGAGCUCCACCCAGGACGGUGUUCCAUCUUCAGAGUCACAAACGGGGAAACCACACUUAAGUUUUGUCAAUAAAGGUGGAAGAGACGCUGAACCCGGGGACAUGGACGGCAGACGGAUCGUGCGCUACCCUGACAGCCACCAGCUUUUUGUUGGCAACCUCCCACAUGACAUCGACGAGACCGAGCUCAAAGAGUUCUUCAUGACGUACGGCAACGUGGUGGAGCUGCGGAUCAACACCAAGGGGGUCGGCGGAAAGUUGCCCAAUUUUGGAUUCGUGGUCUUCGAUGACUCCGACCCCGUGCAGAGGAUCCUGGGGGCCAAGGUAGAAGGGCCCAUCAUGUUUCGAGGCGAGGUGCGUCUGAACGUGGAGGAGAAGAAGACGAGAGCGGUGCGCGAGCGCGAGACCCGAGGCGGAGAUGACCGUCGGGACAUGAGGCGCAACGACCGGGGCCCCGGCGGCUCGCGUGGCAUCGUGGGACCCGGGAUGAUGCGCGAACGCGACGGGCGGGGACCGCCGCCUCGAGGCGGCAUGGCCCCCAAACCGGGCAUGGGUCCCGGCAGAGGCGCCGGCGGUCAGGGGGAGAGCCGGUUCACGGCCCAGCGCCGCUGAGCAGACCGCCGCCUGCCGCGUGGAAGUAGUGUCGUGUUCUCCAUCUUCAGCCGUUCUCAUUAAUGAAAAGAAAUCGUCAUGUAUAAAGUAUAUAUUUGGUGGUGUAUUUUUUUUUUUCUUUUUCUUUUUUUUUUCCGGCUUUUUAUUUUUUCUCCCCCCCCUUCUUGCUUUGGAAUGUGACACAGCCUGUCAACCAUUUGUUUGUGAAAUAGACAAAACAAGCAAACAAAAUAAUGUUUCGCUUAAUAGUUGUGAGCUGAGCUUCCUCUUUGGGUCUCAAGAGUUCAAACUUGAAUUUGUCAAUUUGUGAUUUAAAAGGCACCCCGAGCAGGACUAAUCUGCCACAUUUAGGAGGGACUGAUGAGACUUUAAUCUGCAGCAGUACAGCCCAUCGCUUUCAGAGAGAUUAUACACCUUGACUAACUGAGGGUUUAAUUCAUGAAAUUCCUCAAUUGCACAUUUUCUAUCGUAGUUUUCUGCCCGUUAUUGUCAAGGGAAAGUGUUGCAGAAUCGGUUGCAGUUUCACAGGAAAAGCACCUUUUUUAUUUUUAUUUCCCCCCUUUUGAUAGAACGAGACCACUGCUACAAAAUUGCAUAGUGCGCUCCUCAGUUGGCACUAAUGGGUACUUUUGUCUCAUGUUGGCGUCCCGACUCGGACCGCCGCUGGAGAGACCUGGACCGCAGGUCCGUUUCGUAGCCUGGCUGCUGUGACCAAUGCCCCCCCCCCCCCAACUACUCUGCAGUCACUGCUGGAUGGACAAGACGAGCAAAUUCACUUUUUUUUAUUUUCUUCCUUGUAAAUAAAAAGUUCAACUCUCGGACCUUUUACCAAAUGAGUUGGGGACAGAGGGUUGAUGAUGGUGGCUCGCUGUUUAUAUUUUGAUUCCAGCUUCUUUUUUCUUUUCUUUUUUUCAUGCCUGCCUGACUGCGAAACUGGGAUUAGUGAACCAUGUCCUCCUCCUUCCCUCCCUCCCUGUCAUGAGUGUGGAGUAACCGAAUAAAUGUAGAGUAAAAAUCAGUUUACUACAUGCUUUGCUUCUCUGUCUAUAGUUUUAUUUUUAUUUUGUCUCGAUUUAAAGGAAAAUGAGCAUGAUGGUGCCUUCCAGUUCACCUCUUCAAGUCUUACUGAAGUGCAACGCUUACAGAGUCGCUUCGUCUUGAACUUUGUUCUGCUCCGAGCAGACGGGAGUAAUACAGUAUUCAUAAGAUUUGCUUUCUUUUUUUUUUUUUUUUUUUUCAGCUGCAGGAUUUUCCUCUUUUCGUACUGUUUGACUACCUAAAAUGAUCUGCUGUGAGCUGUGUACGUUUUUAUUUGCUGUAAUUCUCUUGGGGUUUUGUAGAGACAACCGGUGCCUGCAGGUUUUUUUUUUCUUCAGUUAAACGGUUGAUAAACGCAUCCAAGGAACUUUCACCCCAAAACCAAAAGGUACAUUAAGGAUGGUGACGAUGAAACGAGUCAAGGCCCUACAUGGGCAUGGAUUACUCUUCAAGCCUUUUUUUCUUUUUUUUAUUCUGGCACCUCAUGACGACACUUUGGAUAAUCCUUGGACUCACAAGUUUGUUUCCCCAACAACAGUUUUGUACCUUCAGUCCAGCGAGUAAUUGUGAACAUUUUUCUAUCGUCGGUGCAUUUGUAUUCUCCCAUGCCGAUCAUUCACUGUGCUGCUUGUAGUCCGUGCUUUGUUUCUCAUGCUCGAGGCCAAAUUAAGCCAGCGGUGCCCUCGUUUGGGAUGGGAUCUUUUUUUUUUCUUUUCUUUUUUUUUUUAAAUCGACCGCUGGGGAGGGAAGACUCUGGUUUCAGUCAGAAAAGGAAGACACAAGUGUUUAAUUUUUCUCUUGUCAUUAUUUUGUCUUGCACUGAAAUGGAAAGUUAAACGAUCAUGAUGUAGCAUUUUAUUUUUAUUUUUUUUUCCCCCCUUGACAAAGAUACUUUGGUCUUCCUUGUCUGGUGGUGUUGCACUAAAUUCAAGGUUCCUGGGACAAUCUGUGGCUCCGAUCAAAGGGGGACUGGCAAGAAAAUCUACCCAGCAAUGGAAAAAGGAGAAAUCUGAUGAAAUUUUUUGCUCCCUCAUUGUUUUCAUGUUGACUGCUCGGUUCUCUCCAAGGUCGGCCCAUUAUUUGUCCCCUAAAUGUUUACCACGGCCAUUUUUAUUUUAUUUUUUUUAACAGCUGUCAUCACAGCAUUGGUCCAUGAGAGGAGAGGGUGAAGAGGAACCAUCAUGCUUUCAGAACUAUGUAUGUUGGCUAUGGGGGAAGACGUUAAAUCAUGGUCUGGUUGGUGGCAAAGAACCCGGCGCCGUGUCCCAAACAUGUUCAGGAUCCUCAGGAAGCAAACUGUAAAUUGAUUAAAACCAACCAUCCCGGUCCUUACCCAGUGGAAAUGGGAACAGCUUGUUGGCUUUAGCAGAUGUGAACAGCUGGCCGCCAUCAUAGUUUCACUGUUUCUACCCUUUAACUUUAUUCUAGUGCAAAUUGUUGCAGGUGGAUGUUUUUUUUUUUUUUUUAGUUUAGGUUUCUUUUCCUGCUUCUGCAACCCUGAAUGUUGGAUUUAAAUACAAUAAACUACUGAGAACAGCUCUGCUCACAUGUUCAUGUUUACAGCUAACCUUGGGAGGAGGGGGGGGGGGGCUGUGUUGAUGUGGUCCGGCUGAGAAAAAAGACGGUUAAUUAGGAAUUUGUUGGAAGGGGACAUCUGCAGGUCAUACGAUGUGAAAAAUGUUCCUUUUUUUUAUUCUCCUGUGACCAAACGUGGUAAUAAAGCUCUGCUCUUUAUCUGAA